GCUCAUGUUCCCGGGCUGAAAUGGCCGGAAGGGCGCUCUCCCCCCCGUGCAAAACCACGCCGCCGCCGCCGCUCCUGCUGCUUGCCGCCGAGUCACAAACUCCUCCUGAACACUUCUUGCCACGAGUCUGGGACUGAGGAGGACACUUUCUGUGAUAGUUGGAGUGACUUUUUAUUUUGCGGGAGGUGGGUAUCCUCUCUCUAUAUAUCUAUAUCUUUGAACUAGAGACUUGAGGAGAGAGUAACGGAGGGAGAGAAAGAAAGACUGUGUGUGUAUCUAUAUAUAUAUAUAAUACCCAUCUCGCUGUUUGACCGAGUGGGCGUGAACUGAGCGUUUUUCCAGAGAAAGAGAAGACAACUUGGCUUGGUUGGACGGGAAGAGCAGAAGAGUGCAAAAUACACACACAUACACACACACACACAGAGGGUACUUGGAGCGGAGUUGUUUCCCUUUCGGGGCGUUUGGCUCCCCAAAGUUGCCCAGAGCGGCGGAGAGGAGAGAAGCGUGGGGAGCGGCGGGGCUGGGGCCCUAGGGCCGGGCUCGCCCCCCGCCGCCGCCGCCGCCGCCGCGAUGGUGCAGCAGACGGGCAACGCGGAGCCCAACGCGGAGGCGCUGCAGCUGCUGGCGCCCGGGGAGAGCGCCGCCUCGGAGUCGGGGCUGGAGCUGCUGGGCCCGGCCUCCUCCCCCACGCCGGCCUCCUCGGCCUCGACGGGCGGCAAGGCGGACGACCCGAGCUGGUGCAAGACGCCCAGCGGGCACAUCAAGCGCCCCAUGAACGCCUUCAUGGUGUGGUCGCAGAUCGAGCGGCGCAAGAUCAUGGAGCAGUCGCCGGACAUGCACAACGCGGAGAUCUCUAAGCGGCUGGGCAAGCGCUGGAAGCUGCUCAAGGACGGCGACAAGAUCCCCUUCAUCCGCGAGGCCGAGCGCCUCCGCCUCAAGCACAUGGCCGACUACCCGGACUACAAGUACCGGCCCCGGAAGAAGGUCAAGGCCGGGGGGAGCGGCGCGGGCAAGCCCGGCGAGAAGGGCCCUCCGGGAGCGGCGCCCGGGCCCAACAGCUCCUCCUCGCCCUCCUCCUCGUCGCCCUCCUCCAAAGCGGGGCUGAAGAAGAGCGCCAGGCCGCAGCCCAAGCUCAAAGCCUCGGAGGCGCUGCCUCCCUCCUCCUCCUCCUCGGAGAGCGGCGGGAAGAAGGCCAGCAGCAAGCGCCCCCCUUUGGCGGCCCACGCCUCCCCGGUGCCCUCCAGCCCCACGCUGGGCGCCGACACCAGCGACCCGCUGAGCCUCUACGAGGAGGGCGUGGGCGUGGGGCUGCUGGCGGGGCCGGGCUCCCCUCGGGGCGGCUGCUCCCCGCCGGACCACCGCAGCUACGCCAGCCUGAGGGCCCCCUCGCCAGCGCCCUCCUCCUCGCUCUCCUCCUCGGGCUCCUCUUCCUCCUCCGCCUCCUCCUCCUCUUCUUCCUCGGACGACGACGAGCUGGAGGACGACCUGCUGGACCUGCACCCGAGCCCGGGCUUCGAGGACAUGGCCCUGGGCGGCCUGGGCGCUUCGGCCGUCCUCGACCGGGACCUGGAUUUGAACUUGGAGCCCGGCUCCGGCUCGCACUUCGAGUUCCCGGACUAUUGCACGCCGGAGGUCAGCGAGAUGAUCUCCGGGGACUGGCUCGAGUCCAGCAUUUCCAACCUGGUCUUCACGUAUUGAGGGAAUGAGGCGAAGAAGAAAUUGGGGGGAAGCAGAGACAGGCAACCCUUCCCCCACGCCCUCCUUUUGACAGACUGGGAGCCACGGGCGUCACGGUCGCGCGUGUCCAAGUGAGUGUCCGUAUGUGUGUGAGUGUGUGUUUUCCCCACAUCUUUCGUGACAAACGGACUCGGGGAAUGUGUGUCUUUUUUUGAACGACGAAAGGGAUCAACCUUCUUUUUUUAAAGUGGGGCUCUUUUCCCCCUCUGCCCAGAUGAAACAGAUCCCCAUCGAGGCCUCCCACGCUCUUCUUUUCCCCCUCAUCCUUUCCCACAGCCGAAGAAUGACUUCCACGUUUCCAGAGACUCAAGUGGCUUCAAAGAAGCAUUGCAACUACAGAUCUUUUUUUGUGUGGGGGAGGGGAGGGGGGUGUUUGAAAAUCACGCACAUCUCUGAGAAAAGGUUUGUUUGGGGGCGGGGAAUAGAUUGUGCUUCUGUACAUUUACAUGUCUCUUUUGGGGUCCGGGUGGGAGUUUUGUGGGGUUGGGGGUGGGGGGAGGAAUUGGUUAAAUCUGUUUCAAACCAAUCUGCAAGACUUGCAUUGGGAGGGAGGGAGUCCUGAUUCGCUUUUCUGGGGGAGGGAGUCUUGUAUCUUGAGGCGAGUUCAGAGGGAAAGAGAGAGAGAGGCCCUGGGACUGACAUUCCUUCCUGGGAUGUGAUAGUGAAGAGGAAGCUGGGAAAAUUGAACUGGAAGCUCAGCUAAAAUGAUAAUAAAGGAUUUGCACGCAUCAAGGUGAAGCUGGCAGCUGUUUUCUGAAGUCCACCUGAUAUUCUAGACUGAGAAAUCAGUAUGUGUGGAACUUCAAACACAGUAGACCAUGCCAAGGCUGUAUACUAUAUACUAGAGCAUACCAAGUGUCUGUCUGGAUUGUGGUACAGGGGGAAGUAGAAGGCGAAGGCUCUUCCUUUGCGACAAAAAAAAAUGUGUUUUUCUUACUCCGAAUCGUGAUGGUGUUGGAUUAUUUCACUGGUGGGGUUUUUAAUAUAGCAUGUUCUACUCUUCUAUCUUUCUGUUAAAACUGUUGAACAGUUGUUUUUUUUAAAAAAAUAAAAUAAAAAUAGUGUUAGAAUAAUAUAAGAAGCAGAUAGAUGGCGCUAUGUUUGAUUCCUACAAAGAUUAUCACCAGCUUUUUUCCUCCUUCUUAACUCUUUAAAGGAUUCAAACGCAACUCAAAUCUGUGCUGGAGUUUGUUUGUUUUUUUUAAAAAAGAAGAAAUAUUCAGGACCAAAUUUUUCCUCAGUGUCUGUGUGAUUGUGUGUGCGUGCGUGUCCCUCUAUAGUUGUCAAUGAAGAUGCUUUACUUUUCACACCAUGAUCCAUCCUUUAAAAUGUUUAUUUUUUUCCUUGUCCCCUUGUAAAUGAAAUCGGAUGCCAUUUUAUAAGUGAAGUAUUUAUACUGGCCAAACGUUAUUUUUACUUGUAUUACUUUGUCCUUUUUGUUUUUUUUGUUUUGUUUGGGUAGUUCUGUUGUUGUUUCCCCCACCAUUUUUAUGUCACCUUCCCCUGAAGGGCUAGAGUUUUAACUUUUAAUUUUUUAUAUUUAAAUGUAGACUUUUGACACUUUUAAAAACCAGAGAAGAAGAGAGAUGAAAACGUUUGAUUAUUUUCUCAGUGUAUUUUUGUAAAAAAUAUAUAAAGGGGUGUAUAAAAUUGCUGUUUUGGAUUUCCUGAUUUUAGACAGGGCUGCUGGUUAAUCUCUCUCAGACACAAAAUCAGCCCCCUACUUUCAUCAUGUUUACACUCCCAAUCUGCAGGCUUCUUAAAGAGACAGCAUCCCUUGUAUUCGCUCUGUUGAGGAGCUGAGACAGAGAGAGAGGGAUUAAACUCAUUCACUGUAGGGCUAAUUUCUAACCCCCCUCUCAAAGUAAAUAGUAUAUUGUACAGUAACAACUGGAGUAUUUUCGGAAGAAGAAAAAAUAAAAGGGAUCCUGUAGCUUUAACUUGUAAACCACAUCUUUUGCACUUUUUUAAAUAAGCAAAAACAAAAAAAACCUUUGCCGUUGAAAUCACUGGAUCUAUCUAAAUGCCGAUUUGAGUUCGCGACACUAUGUAUUGCAUUUUUUCAUUCUUGUAUUUGACUAUUUAAUCCUUUCUACUUGUCGCUAAAUAUAAUUGUUUUAGUCUCUUAUGGCAUGAUGAUAGCAUAUGUAUUCAGGUUUAUAGCUGUUGUGUUUAAGAUGAGAAAAAAAGAGUGAAAACAUCUUUGUACAUUUAAGUCUGUAUUAUAAUAAGCAAAAAAAAAAAGAUUGUGUGUUUAUGUAUGUUAAUAUAACAUGACAGGCGCUAGGACAUCUGCCUAACGAAGAAGAAGAGGUUCCGUUAAGGGUUUUUCUGUUCUGUUCUUUUCUUGGUCACCCAUCCUGUGCAAUAUGUGGAAUAUCUUUGUUUAACAAUCUGCCCAUAACAUGACAGGGUGGGGGGGAAGCUGGCUGAUCACGCCAAGUUCACUGCCUGUCAGAUUGUCAAUAUACUUUCUGUAAAUAACCUCUUUCCCUCCCUCCCCCCAAGGAAAUAAAAUCAGCUGGAACUGAGCCCUAAAA